AUGGCUCUAUGGACUGGGCUGGGUCAGGCCGCGACGGUGGCGCAGCUGGUCGGCACAGACGUCGGCGGGCUCAUCUCUAUGAUUGUGCAGGCUGCGCUAACGGCUCGGCAGAAUAGGUCCGAGUGUGAGCAGCUCGUGCGUCGGGUCCUUAUGAUCGCCCAGCUGCUGCCUCACGUGCAGGAACAAGAGGCGGCUCGGCCGCUGGCUGAGCUGGGCGACACACUUCGGGAUGCCCAAGAGCUCGUCAUGUCCUGCCAAGGCAGGAGCGCCGCGUACCAGUUCGUCAUGGCCGGGAGGCAGGCCCAAAAGUUCCGGGCCGUGCAUAGCAGGAUUGACUCCUAUCAAUUCCUCUUCCCCGUGAUCAGCCACAUUGGCAUAACACGUCGCCUUGGACUAACCUACAAUGUCCUUGUACGGGAGGAUUCGAACGUAGUAGAACCGUCCACACUUCCACAACUGCAGGAGGAGUGGCCUGACGCGGUGCCGAACUUGGAGGAGGAAGAGUGGCCUGACAUGUUGGCGGACUUGAAGGAGCAGGACUCUGCUGAGGCGGUGGCUGAUGACUUGGAGGAGCGGGAGUCUGCUGACGCGGUGGCGGACUUCAAGGAGGAGUCGGUUGACGCGGUGUCGGUGACCUUGGAAAGAUGA